UGGCCGACUCAGACCUCACCGGUUUGAAGAAAAAUUUGGAGUCGGAACAAGCCGGGCGGUCCAAAGUUGAAGCAGCCUUGGAAUCUUCAUUGAAAAAUUUGGAAAAAAAUCAAGGCGGACUUGGAAUCAGAAAGACCCGCCUUUGAGACUGAAAAGGCUGCUCUGAUGAAACGAGCCCAGGACGCCGAAGACCAGCUGAAGCCGGUGGCCGAAGAGCAGUCUGGCUUAAAACACCAUAUUUCUCAGAUGACGGAAGCCAUCUUUGGUGCCAGGAGUUCCAACCUUGGACAAAAUAUGCUGAUGAAGCUGAAAGCCGUCUAUUCGUUGACGGAAAAACUAUAUGCUGGAAGUCUCCGCACUCUUGUAGCUGCAUCAAACGGCAAGAAACCACCACAACUUGUUAAAGAUGUGCUGGAUCAACUGUCAAAAAUGUCGAAAAAAAUUGAAGAGCUAAAGAUGUCAGGCGCCCAUGCAUGAGCGAUAACUGCGCUAAGCCAGGCAAAGGCGUAUCAAACAUAAUUGGAUCCUAAGGAGAUGGCCAGCGGGUUCCCGGAGUACAAAGAUGACGGGUCUGUAUUCAGCGAAGCAGAUUAUGCUAUGUGUAUCAUAGAUAUGCGACCAUUGGCGUGUCAGCUUGCUCAGGAACUUGAUCUAAAAAAGUACCAACCGACUUACGACAGCAACAAUACUCGAGUCAAGGCGCCUUCUUUCGACGUUGUAGACCUGACUCCUCAAAGGCGUAAGCAUAUUUUUCGCCCCUGAUAUCGACCCUUCCUCUAUCAUCAAGGAUGAAGCAAUCUUUCAAGCUUUAACUGGUAUCGACUGGACCUCGGCCAAUCUUCAGAUCGGAAACAAAGAAGAACCGGCUCAGGAUGACUCGGGGACCUCUACUUCUGGGCGCCAGCAAGAUGUUAACCCGGAGGGUACCAACCCGGACAGCACAGAUCCGGUUUAAAGGAGUAACAUAACUCCUAAAAAACUUCGCUUGAAACUUAUGGGCUGAACUGAAGCCUUGUAAUAGGCUUAGUUAAAAACAUUUGGUUGCCUUGUCAUGCUUUCGUGCAUAUUAUUUAACUGAUGAUCCAGCAGCUAUAUGACCAAUCC